AUGAGGGUGAACGAGGAGGACGAGGGGCGCUUUCUGCGCCCAGACUCAAUAGGAGACUGGAAUCUUUCUGCAAACAUAUAUGAAGCACUCAUAUAUAAAUCUCCUAAUAAACCUCCUGAAUUUCUCAUUGCUCCACAAUGUGAAGUACCCUCCUAUGAUCUACUCAGCCGUGAUCUCGAACCUUUUGACCAACACUUGAAGCCAGAUCCAACUUUUCUCGCACCUCCCGACAAUAUUUUUUUCACCAAAUCACCGUCGCAGUCGCUGUCGCCGCUACCGCUGUUGCCUCCGCCCCUUCCCCCAUCGUCACCAUCCACAUCAUCGCCCGUCACCGCCUCCGUCACCCCCGUGCAGAACACCCCCACCCCCCCAUUGCCACUGCCCCCGCCCCCCACGCUUAGCCUCGCUCCCGCCUCCGUCCGCUUCGCCUCCUCCGCCCCACCCGCCGCCACCGCCUGCGCCUCCGCUCCCGCCUCCCUUCCGCUCGCGCCCCCCAUUGCCAACGCCCCCACCACCGCCACUGCCACCGCCACCAUCUCAGUGGCCGAGAACUCCAUCGCUAUCCCGUCCCUUGCCGCCUCUUUGUAG